GCACGAGUCCGCUCUGCCACGUUCUCUUGCGCGUGUCGCGUUCUCGCAGCACGCGAACGAUGUUUGUGGCGAGGCGGGAAAUGGCGUCCACGGACAUGGCUGGUUUGUGAUUAGCUUGAGGAGCUAACGAGCUAACGAGACAGCUGGCAGCGACCUCCGCGUCCCGACCCAGUCACCGCCCCCCGGUCGAGGCUCACAGCUGUCAGCCUGCGUCGAGUCUGAAGAGUUUAGCAGAUCACCGGGUUAUUUUUUCUAUGUGACGGUUGAGCAUGAUGAGGUUGAGGGUGCGUAAAGUUCCUCAACAGCCAACUGCGGGCCGUGGAAGCCGUCAGUCCAAGGCCAAGCGCAAACAUUGUGAAGUGGAGCCGUCCGCGGCCAGGAGCAGGGGCAAGAUGCAGAAGAACGAGACAGGCCUGUUCUCCACCAUCAAGAAGUUCAUCCGUGGGAACGCCGUCAAGAUAGAGCCGGACAUACCUUCCAAAAGGAGUCGCAUUGAUUGUACUAAAGAUGGUGACCUCAUCGCAUCCACGCCACAGACAGGUCUGUCCAGCAGAUCAAGAGUUGGCCGGAAAACCCCAAGUAAAGUGACGAUGGCUGGCAACAGUAAGUUCAGUAAAGCCAACGGUAAACUGGAGGCUCAUGUGGAGGCCCCCAGCAGCCCCCCGCGCACCACGCUGUUGGGCACCAUCUUCUCCCCCGUCUUCAACUUCUUCUCCCCAGCAACCAAGACAGCCACCCCUGGGUCGGACUCCCCUGGACAAGCCGUGGAGGCGGAGGAGAUUUUGAAGCAGCUGGAUAUGGACAAGGUUGAAGGGAUUCAAAGUAGUACACUGACGUCGACCGAAGGCCUCGCUCUGAGCCACGCAGCCCCUGUGUUGGAGCAGAAGCCCGAGGUCGCACCAGACUCCACCAUAGAGGAAGGGGAGAUAGUCACGGAGAACGACGUGCCCGCCCCUGCGCCAGCACCAGGCUGCCCUCAAGACGGCAAUUAUCCACACUCGGUGCCUGCAGCCGCACCUGAGGUCUCCUACGAAGAGGACUGGGAGGUGUUUGAUCCUUACUUCUUUAUCAAGCACGUGCCUCCACUGAGCGAGGAGCAGUUGACCCGCAAGCCGGCACUGCCUCUGAAGACGCGCAGCACACCAGAAUUCUCUCUGGUGCUGGACCUGGAUGAGACGCUGGUGCACUGCAGUCUGAAUGAGCUAGAGGACGCAGCCCUGACGUUCCCAGUGCUUUUUCAGGAUGUGAUAUACCAGGUGUAUGUUCGGUUACGGCCCUUUUUCCGGGAGUUUCUGGAGCGUAUGUCCCAAAUGUAUGAGAUCAUCCUGUUCACGGCUUCAAAAAAGGUGUAUGCCGAUAAGUUGCUCAACAUCCUGGACCCGAAGAAACAGCUGGUCAGACAUCGACUCUUCCGAGAGCACUGCGUGUGUGUGCAAGGAAACUACAUCAAAGACUUGAACAUUCUUGGAAGAGACCUUUCAAAGACCAUUAUUAUCGACAACUCACCCCAAGCCUUUGCCUAUCAGCUUUCCAAUGGAAUCCCUAUUGAGAGCUGGUUUGUGGACAGAAAUGACAACGAGCUUCUGAAGCUUGUUCCUUUCCUUGAGAAACUCGUGGAACUGAACGAGGAUGUGAGGCCACAUAUUCAACAGCAUUUUCGCUUGCACGACCUUCUUCCCCCAGACUGAACUGCAUGAUGGGUAACACACUACUCCACAACAAGAUGGUAUCGUCAUAGGAAAACUGCGACUGUACUCAUUUUUACAAUGGAUAGGUCCUUUGCAAAGAGAAAUUUGCCAUUUCUUACAAUACCACACAUGAAAAAAAGAAAACACCCCACCUGUGUGUUUCUGAAGGAACACACUCCCAAGUGCACUCUGAACAAACAGAAAUCACUAGAGCGGAGGGCUGCAGCAGACCUUUACACUUCGCUGGGACCUUCCUAGAAAAUAACAUUUUGGGAGAUGUUUCGUCUUCGCUCCUUUCUGGAUUUUAGACAAAAUUGAAUGUCAUGUGUUGGAACAUAAGGACCUUCUUGGCUGUCCACACACUAUUGUGUAUAUAAAUGAUGUGUAAAUAUAUUUUUUUUCCUUACGGUUUUUACGUCUGUUUCUCUUAACUUUAAACUUUAGUAUGUAUUUCUUUGAAUCUGGGCGCUUUUAUAAAAACAAAUAAAAUGAAAAACGUUGCCGUUUUGUUCAGUCGAUGCCACACAUCUGCUCUUCAGUUGUACGCCUGCAUUAUUUUCUAUAUUUCUGUGAUGUUUUACUCCAUAAAUGCAGUUGUUUGUGUUAAGUGCAGUUUUUUAAUAUUUGGGAGGAAAGCUUUCUGAAAAUGAAAUGUUUAAAUGCUCUGUAAUGUAAAGGCUAUCAACGUUUCAACUGAAUGCACAGCCAUAAUGGCUUGGUCCUUUUGGAAAAAAAUAGUAUUUUGGUUGUUAAUACCUUAAAGCACUCUUGUGGUGGUGGUGGAGGGCGGUCCAGUCCUUUGUAAGUUAAAGCUAAAUCUUGUCAAUUUUCUAUACAAGUGUAUCACCUUAAUCCGGGGGUGUGCUUCUUGGGGAGGGAAUGCAGCACCAGCAAAUUGUUGAUAGGUUGCUCUGAAAGCAAGUUUUUUUUUUUUCUUUUCCAUUGUCCUGUUAGUGGGAUUGUACUUAUGUACUUUUAUUGACAAUUGAAUGAUCACUACUGUUGUACUCUGUGUUAUCCAAUGGUUUCCUUACAAAAAAUAAAUUCAUUUUUGUAAGA